UCUAUCGAAUACAUUUCCUUAUACCGAUCAUUUUAUCUACUGGAUGCCUAUUACUUAAAGCGUGAAUAAAAUUAGUAAUAAUAACUAGUUACAGGUUGUGAAGAUAGUUGAAAAUAUGACACACAGUGAAAUAUCGACUCAGACUGUAAGGAUUCUCAAAUAGUAAAGCAGUAAUGAUGACCCCCAGCUAUAUAUGGUAGAUCUUCUGAAAGCUCAUACAAAUGCAAUUAACAAUAACUACAACUGUCAUUUUCACGAUGAGUGUAAUAUCUUAAAUAAUGAUAUAAGGCAUAGUCAGACUUGUAAACUCUCAACUUAUGGGCUAUAAAAAUAGGCAUGACCUGGAGAUAGUGCACCCUAUUCGAGUAUAUCAAAAAUUUGAAAUCUGACGGUAACUUUUGCAUAGCAUUGUGAUAAACUGAACAAGGUAGUCUUCACGUGGUGCUAAGCGGAUAAAUAUAAUGUAUAAAAUGCGCUGAAUAUACCUGAACAAUGCUUUUAUUCUUGGAAUUAUUCGCAAACAACUCAUAAAUCAUUUCAGGUUUCUUUAGAAGUGCAAUUAUACACACGUUUCAAUUAUGUCUGCAUAAUAUUAGCCAUAUUAAAACAGGUUCUGUAGAACUUAGAAGAAUAUUGAGUUGACUUUAAAGGGAAAAAUAAGGAAAUGGAGGAAUGAGAUGUGAUUUAUAUAAAUAAUUCAAUAAGUAUCUGGUGAGACCAUAAUUUGUGGAUGACCUUUGAGCGACGCUAAAGUGGCAUUAAGAAUGUCCACCUACUGACUAGGGCUAAAUGAGGGCUUUAAACCUGUGUGAAGAAUAAGGAUUGUGAUUUACAGUUGAUGGUUAGAGAUACGGAUUAGAUUGGGUUUUUUUCACGACAUUACAAGCUGCUUGUGUAGGCUGGAAUUGAGUGGAGAAAAUGGAGAGGUGGUCAUUCUAUAAUAUGGGACUUUAUUAUGAAAGUUGUAUGGGACUCGGAGAUAUCAGUCUAUCAUAGCUCCUAAGUUGGGAUCAUAGGGAUAGUGCAAUUUAGUGGCUUGCAAAGUUGUCAGGUAUGCCUCAGAAUUGGAACCAGUGGCUAUUUUAUCAUAGCUUCCUGUUAAAUUCUUCAUUUAACGGAAAUGAACUUUUCAAAACUGAGGGAGAUAUUUCAGUAAAUAUUGUUCUUGAUAAUCGAUUACAUAACUUUCCCCUGCUGUCUCCUCACAAUACUAUCGCUUCGUUUAUUGCAUAUUUUUUCGGUCCGCUAUCAUACUGGUCUAGGAUCACUUAAAGUGAGUGUUGAUAAUGGAUCCUUUAAUUAGAAGUACGCUGGUCAACUGCUUUCUGUAGUGAUUUUGAAGCGUUUGUGGUUGUGGAUUAGAAGUACAAUAAGUUUGUGACUUUUGGUUCUUGAAAGUGGUGUUCCAGUUGAAAAGUGGUUACUGGUAUUUGUCUAUACCUGUAAUACCCGUGAAUAAAUUUUUAAUAAGCCAUUAUAGGACGUUUUAAUACUACUAUAUUAUGUUGACUCUAACAAUAUCAGUCGCAGAAGCCUGAGCCAGUAAUUAAAACCGUUUCGUAGAAAGCCUCAAACUUGAGCAGAAUUCUGUCUUUGGAGGUUGGUUUUGAAAUAAUGAAACCUCCAACUAUGUUCUGACAUCCAACGGCUGCCUAAUUUAUACCAUUUUCUGUUUUUUGACAUUUUAAACCAGUACUAUUGAAAAGUUAUUACACGAAUACCGCACUUAUUUACUCGUACAUUUCUCAUCAGGUUCGACAACAUAUUUUGCAUUAUGCUACUCGAAAAGAUUUCUGUCUUCAGUUUUCACAAGUACGUAUUAUAUAUAUAUAUCAACCAAACUUUAUCCAUUUAUGCUUCCUAUCUGUUUUCUGUAAUGGGCAUAGAUAACUAAUCAUAUUUCUUCAUUGCACAAUCAUUUAAAUAAUAAGGAUAACACUCAAACAUAAACACAUAAGUCUUACGCUUAUAUUUUUAAUUAUUCAUGGAUUUUCUCAAUAACCCAAUGAUAUUUUAUGGUUAAUAAAAGUAAAGUCACGAAUGAUUGGCCAGUCUAACCUUAAACUGAUUUUGUUUGGUUUUAUGUGUGUCUAAUCGUAAGAUAAAAGAACAAAAAACAAAUAAGUAACAGAAUAGUGGCCUCAUUUUAUAUGCAGAUUAUUCACUUGUUGUUUACCAUUAAUUUAUUUGAUUUUUCUGACUGUUUUAUCUGGUUAUCAUUUUAAAUAAUAUUGAGUACUAAAAUAUACCCCGAUUAUUGUGGGAGUAUAAUUAAUCUCAUUUACUUCUGAAGCUUAACAGAAUGGAUUUGUAAUCUUUACUCCAGGAUUAUUGUCUGUUAUUUGAUUUGAUUUAAUGCUGUUGCUUAUUAAUCUAAUACGACUAUCGCAAUCUUUUUCGCUUCUUACUUCUCACAUCUCUUUAUUUGAAGCGGGAUUACUUUUUCUAUUUGGUCAUUCAGUUCCUGUGUUUACUUCUCGUAAUUAUAAAUAAUGUGCAAUAACUAUUCCUUAUCUUUACCAUUCAAAUUAAAGGAUAUUGAAGAAUAUUUUGAAGAAGUUGAACAUCUAUACUCUGAAUUGAAAAGCAUCAUGAAUCAGUGCACUAAUCAAAACUAUCAUCAACAACAGGAUCAUUAUUGCAACCCAAAAUCAAGAACUUAUCAUUUAAACCAAUUUUAUAGUUGUGAAAAUAUGCUCGAAUUACGUAAAAAAUGUCAUCAUUGGUUACAUCGUGUUUCUCACUGUGAAGUAAAGGGUUUGAAAAUACGUGAAAAUCUACUUAGGAAAAAUUCAAAUCAGUCAUGUACAACUAUACAAGAAGAAGCUACUACAAUAAAAUGUGAUACAUCAUCGAAAACGGGGACAUGGGCUAAUGCAAGUGAUGCGUAUGACUUACCAGUUGAUUAUGUCUUUCAUAUAAUUACUUUUGAUCGUAUACUCAUUAGGUUAACUGAGGCUCGUACCGAAUUAAGACAGUACUGGCGUGAAUACAUGAAACGAGUACGUGUUGCAUUUCUGAUUGAUGAUGUUGAAAACCAAUAUUACGAAUUUACUAAUCUUGCCAGUACAUGGAAUAAUCUCAUUGAAUCCCUAGUUGAUUAUUUACCAAUUAAAAUGUCCAACUCCUCCGCUUUAUCUCCAGUACAUCAACAAUAUUAUAAUCAAUCAUCAUUAAAAGAUGAUAAGGAGAACAGUUGCAUUCCUAAUAAUAAUAAUUCAUCAUGUUCCCCUUCACAUUUCAUCAUACUUUCUGCAUUGAAGAAUGAUGAUGAUGAUGAUGACGAUGAAACGGAUACAUCGUUAAGUAAAACAAUAUUGGAAAGUUUAGAAUUACUAUCUUGUCGUAUAUUGGAAGCGGAAGCCACUGGUAAUCGAUUAUUAACAAGAUUGAAAGAAUUAGAUAAGAUUGCAAGCAAUUUUAUUUUAUUUAUAAUUGAUAAUGUGGAAGAAAAAGGAGUGUUACUAAACAAUUCUGAUGAGAAAGACAAUUAUCAAGGCGUACUUUUGCCUUUGUUUGGUUAUGCGGCGGAUCUGGAAUUGAGAUUCCAGUGCCGCUAA